AUGCCAGGUAAGAAUUCAUCUGUGCAAAACGUUACACCGGGUGAGAUUUGCAGUGGUAAACGACCGCUAGAUUCGCCCAUCUCGCCCACAACUGCUGUCGAACGUCCAGAAGUCGCAACGACUUUGCAUUUGGAUACGGCACCGUCGCUCCAACAGACCCGGGAUCUGGAAAUAACCAUUGUGAAUACCGUGAACGAACUCCAGCACCAAAAAAACGACUCUCCGGCAGAUGUGGUGAAAUUGGUGUCGGUUCUGAAUCAAUCGCUCACCGCGAUCUCGCAUUGGUCGUUGCAAGCACAGCUGUCGCAGCUGGAAAACCGAUCUGCGUGGGAUUCCAGGCUCGCAGUGGAGAAUAGCAUCAUAAAGAAGGAAGUUGAGUUUUUCCGCAACCGGUGCUUGAGCGAGGCGCGCGAAAACGUGUUGGUACCGACUGCUGCGUCGUCGCCAAUCGUGGCGUCUUCUUCCGGUAAAGUGUCGAAGUCGACCAAGUCCUCGGCGUCCAAAAACCAAAAGACGCAACCGGGGACAAAUCUGCCACUCCUACGGCUUGUGGAAAAUCACAAAUCCCACCCCAGGAUGCGAAGAACUAGUGAUAAUCCUUCUGCCAGCAACUUCGUUAGGGUCUUCCAUCUAGAGAGGUCGUAA